CAAGCUGUGCUUCAUCUCCAUCUCUCCAACUUCAUCAUCAUCUCCUCCUCCUCCUCCUCCAGCAGGAAACAACGCCCUGAUCUGGCAUAGUCGGUGGGAUCGUUGGAAUAAUCCUCCACUCGCUAGCUCAUUUAUUUCCCUCGCUAGCUAGCUCUAGCUCUAGCUCCAGCUCCAGCUCUAGCUCUGUCUGUCCACUACAAAUUUGAACUAGCUUGAUAUAUACAAAAGCGAUCUAAUUAAGCUUUCUAAAAUCCUUCUGACAGCGGAUCUGCGCUCCCAAGCCACCAAGGUAACGUAUUAUACAUAUAUGCUUAUUUAAUUAUCCAUUUGUUUAAUAUUUACGUAGUCAAUAUUAAUCAAAUGCUUGUGUUAAUUUAGGGAAGUAAAUUUUUAGUUAGUUAGUUUGAAUAGGAAGAAGAAGAAGAGGAGGAGGAAAGAGAGAGAGAGAUGGAUAUGAUACCGAACCCAGAGAGCCCUCCCUCCGAUCAGGAACCCCUGGCUGCUGCGGCGGCCGGAGCUUCUUCUUCGUCGUCUCCGUCGUCGUCUUCGUCGCCGUCGCUGAGCAGGUACGAGUCGCAGAAGCGGCGGGACUGGAACACGUUCGGGCAGUACCUGAGGAACCACCGGCCGCCGCUGUCGCUCGCGCGGUGCAGCGGCGCGCACGUGCUGGAGUUCCUGCGGUACCUGGACCAGUUCGGGAAGACGAAGGUGCACGUCCAGGUCUGCCCCUUCUUCGGCCACCCCUCCCCGCCGGCGCCCUGCCCCUGCCCGCUCCGCCAGGCCUGGGGCAGCCUCGACGCCCUCGUCGGCCGCCUCCGCGCCGCCUACGAGGAGAACGGCGGCCGCCCCGAGAACAACCCCUUCGCCGCCCGAGCCAUCCGCCUCUACCUCCGCGAGGUCCGCGACCUCCAGUCCAAGGCCCGCGGCGUCAGCUACGAGAAGAAGAAACGCAAGAAAGCUCCGCCGCCGCUUCCGGAUCAUCACCACCCUCCUCCGCUUCCACCCUAAUCACCGUCGACACCUACCUUCCUCAUGAUCACUACGCUGCUAUAAUUAAUUAAUAUGC